AUGGGCGGCCCCGCGUCCCCCGGCGGCGGCGCCGGUCCCUCGUUCGCCCCUCCGCCAUUGCCUGCGGGCUGGAUCGCGCAAUGGGACAGCAGCAGCAGAAAGUACUACUUUGUGCAGUUGUCGACGGGUGUGUCGCAAUGGGACACGCCGACCGACGCCGCGCCAGUGGGCGGCGGCACGCCCACGCCCAGCCAUGCCGGCAACGACCACCCCUUUGGCAUGCCCAACGGCGCCAACGGCGUCAAAGACAGCAACGGAUCGACGUACAUUACGCACGCCGACGGCUCACAGACGAUCCGACACGCCGACGGCCGCAUGGAGCCGGUUAUGCCGAACGAGGAGGGCGGCACGCGGGGCGUCGAUGGCCCUACCGGCGAUCGCGGACUUGGGUCCUUCGCAGUAAACAUGCUCCAGAGCCAACUAUCCCAUGGCGGCAGCGGCGGUGGCAGUGGGAGCGGCGGAAAUAUGCUCGGCCAGCUGAUCGGUGGCAUCACGCACUCGGGCGGAUCCAACAGCGGCGGCGGCAGUCACGGUGGCAGUCACGGCGGAGGUGGCGGUGGCAGCAGUGGGCUCGGCGGCAAGCUCGUUGGCCAGCUCGCGUCCAACCUCUUCUCGCCCAACAGCAAGCCCGCGCCGCAGAACUACCACGGCAACCAGCAGGCGCACACAAACAACACGGGCGGUCUAGCCGGCGCCAUGAUGGGCGGCGUUGCCACUAUGUUUGGCGGCAGCCACGGCCCGCAAAGCCAAGGCCAGAACCAGGGCUAUGGCUACUCGGGAGCAGGACAGACCGGCACCUACUCGGGCACCGCACCGCCGACGUCGUAUCAGGCGACCACCCACACGCCGCAGUACACACCCGGCGGCUCGUCGUCCAACAAUGGGGCGCCGUCCUACCAGCCGCCUCCCAAUAGCGGCGGCGGCGGCGGUGGAGGCGCACCAUCGUAUCAGCCACCCAACUCUGGCGCACCGUCCUAUGCACCUCCCCCGACUUCGGCCACCGGCCAGCCGCCUUCAUCACAGUACCCGCCGUACGGCGGCCAGCCACCACCACAGCAGCAGCACCAGCACCAACCGCCACCUCCUUCACAAUAUCAACAGUACAACCCACAACAACAAACACCUCAAUCCUACCCACCACCACCCGGUCAGCCGCAGCAGCCGCCGCAGCAGCACUCGCCCUACCAGCCACAACAACAUCAACAGCAGCAGCCAUCUCCCUAUGGCAAUGUUCCGCCGCCGCCGCCGCAGCAGGGUGGAUAUGGCGGACCACCAGGUGGCCAGCAAGGCGGUGCUGGUGGAGGGUACGGCGCCCCAGGCUACUUCCCACCGCCACCGCAGCAGCAACAACAACAACACCAGCAGCCUCCGCAGUAUGGUCAGCCGCAAUACGCCGGCGGUGGAAGCAGCCAGACGCCAUCCUACGGUGGGGCUCCGCCGCCGCAGCACCAGCAAAAUAUGUACGGACAAAGCGGCGGCGGCGCACCCGGAGGUUAUCCAGGCAGCAGCGCACCACGGUACUAG